AUGGGGUGCUCGACACUUUGGGAUUUUCCGGCCUUGCUGCAGCUUUUGGACUCGCUGGAGGUGAAGCGCAGCCACUCGGAGCCGCUGCUGCGCUGGGCGGCCGCCAAGGUGGUCCAAGGGGAUGCGGACGGCUGGCGGGAGCUCGGCCUGCAGGAGCAGAGCCUCUCGGACCUCGGCUUGCCCAAGAAGGCCGCCGAGGUGUUGACGAGGACUCAGCCCUUCAGCAGCAAGCUGAGCUCGUCCGUGACCUCCGCGGAUGGCUCCACCACCAAGAUGGUCCUCGAGCUCUGGGAUGGGCAUAAGGUGGAGUCUGUGAUCAUGCGCCACGAGGACCGCACCACCAUCUGCGUGUCUUCCCAGGUGGGCUGCCAGAUGGGAUGCACAUUUUGCGCCACUGGCACCUUGCCCAUUGUCGGCGACCUGGACGCGGGGGAGAUCGUUGAGCAGCUGCUGCUGGCGCAGCGCGUGGAACGUCAGAACGGCCGCGCGCCGGUGAGGAACGCGGUCUUCAUGGGCAUGGGAGAGCCUUUGAACAACUACGAUGCAGUGGUGGCGGCAGUGCGGACAAUGACAGACCUGGGUCAGCUGGGGCAACUGGCGCUGCCGCAGAGUCGGGUGACCAUCUCCACUGUGGGUGUGGUGCCUCGCAUGCGUCAGCUGGUCCACGAUCUGCCCGGGCUCAGCUUGGCCUUGUCCCUGCACGCCCCCACGCAGGAGCUCAGGGAGCAGAUCGUGCCCCACGCCAAGAACGUGCCCAUGGCGGAGCUCCUGGCGGCCAUGGACCUGCACCUGGAGCAGAAGACGGCCAGAGCUAUGAUAGAGUACGUCCUGUUGGCGGACGUGAACGACAGCGACAGCACUGCCGCAGAUCUGGGCCGGUUGAUGGCGCCAAGGGCACGCAAGGUCAUGGUGAACCUGAUCCCCUACAAUCCCGGGGCCUCCUCGUUACCCGGAGGCUUCAAAGCUCCAGCCUUCGAGCGGGUGGAGCGCUUUCAGCAGAUCCUCGGCGGCUUCAGCAUCCUCACGCGGGUGCGCCGCGAGAUGGGCCAAGACAUCGCCGGCGCCUGCGGCCAGCCACCCGGAAAGCCACUGAGUCGAGUCUGGUGUCCUGGGCUUGGGUGGGGUGGGGUGGGGUGGGGUGGGGUGGGGUGGGGUGGGGUGGGGUGGGGUGGGGUGGGGUGGGGUGGGGUGGGGUGGGGUGGGGUGGGGUGGGGUGGGGUGGGGUGGGGUGGGUGGGUGGGUGUAGGGAUUUCUUGGGGGGUCGUUGGAGUUGUUGAACUGCAUUUCUGUAGCGUUUGA